ACUAGCAGCGUCUUUGGCUGUCACAACACACGGUAUGCUGUGUUCAAAGUGCUGCUACAAAACACUUUUGCGGCUCGACUAGGGCGUUAUGUUACGGAUAGCCAAAACCAGCAAAGCAGCUAGGCCUAUACCUCCGGAAUGGCGGCAGAAAUACAACCCAAACCGCAGACUCGGACUCCUGUCCUGCUGAACAAAAUCGAAGCUUCCCAAGAUGUUGUGAACACAGCGGUCAUAAUUCCAAAGGAGGACGGGGUGAUCAGCGUCUCAGAGGACAGGACGAUCCGGAUAUGGCUGAAGAGAGACAGUGGCCAGUACUGGCCCAGCAUUUACCACACAAUGCCAGAUUCUUGCUCCUGUAUGUCCUUUAACCCAGAGACCAGGAGGCUGUCUAUGGGGAUGGAGAAUGGAACCAUCUCUGAGUUCAUCCUGUCAGAAGACUACAACAAAAUGACCCCGGCACAGACCUAUCAGGCCCACCAGGGCAGAGUGACAGUGGUGCUGUUUGUUUUGGAGAUGGAGUGGGUCCUCAGUACAGGACAGGACAAGAACUUCACCUGGCACUGCUCUGAGAGUGGAACACAGCUGGGGUUAUACCGCACCACCGCCUGGGUCUCUGGACUGCAGUUCGACGUGGAGACUAGGCACGCCUUUGUGGGCGACUACUCUGGUCAGGUGACCAUCCUCAAGCUGGAGCUGGACAGCUGUAGUCUGGUCACCACCUUCAAAGGACACACCGGCAAUGUGACAGCUCUAUGUUGGGACCCGGUCCAGAGAGUGUUGUUCUCCGGCAGCGCCGAUCACUCCAUCAUCAUGUGGGACAUCGGGGGAGGCAAAGGCACCGCUAUUGAACUUCAGGGACACAAUGAGCAGGUCCAGGGCCUAUGCUACGCGCCACAUACACGUCAGCUGAUCUCCUGCAGCUCAGAUGGGGGCAUCGUCAUCUGGAACAUGGACGUGACCAGACAAGAGACCCCAGAGUGGCUGGACAGUGAUUCGUGUCAGAAGUGUGAGCAGCCAUUCUUCUGGAACUUCAAACAGAUGUGGGACAGUAAGAAAAUCGGCCUGCGACAGCACCACUGCAGGAAGUGUGGGCAGGCAGUGUGUGGGAAGUGCUCGGCCAAACGCUCCACCAUCCCUCUCAUGGGCUUCGAGUUUGAGGUGCGGGUGUGUGACAGCUGCCACGAGUCCAUCACGGACGAGGACCGGGCGCCCACGGCGACAUUCCAUGACAGCAAACACAGCAUUGUUUACAUGCACUACGAGCCUACCAUGGGCUGGCUACUGACCUCUGGGGCAGACAAGGUCGUCAAGCUCUGGGACAUGACUCCAGUGGUGUCCUGAAGGUCAUUGUUGAUGGAGCAUCAUGGAGCUCCAUCCACCUAUCAGGUGAGAGCUUACAUCAUGGUGGCCGUCAUCCUGAGAGGAGGUGGUAAUGUCCACAAGAACAACCACCACAACAAUAGUAACAUCCACAGAACCUAGAAACACCAGGCCUUUCUUGCCUGCCCUUGUCCCUCUUGGUGACUAAAUGUGCUGAGGAAGAGCUGUACUCUGGCUACCGAUAUGGAUGGAAAGAUUUGGAAUAGAGACGCCUUGAAGAGGACGAAAGUGUGCGUGCUGUAUCAGGACUAUGAAAGAGCAUUGUUUUGUUAGUGUUAUGGAUCCCCCUUACCUACAGUAUGUCACUCUGGAACAACAUUUGGAACUUCAACUAAAAUGUUAUUGUGCAUACAUAAGUCCCUAUAUUCUUUGGUUUAUUAUAUUUAAAACAAUGGGUCCAUAGUAAAGGAACUCCGUGUAGGCUACCUGCUGAACAACACAUACAGCUAGUCGGGCAAAUAAAAAUAUUAUAUUUAAGUGCCUUCCUCAUAUCAUAUUGCAGCUCUCACUAUGGCAAACAGAGCAUGAAAAAAGUAGGUGAAACAAUUGUUAAAAUAAAAUUAUUAAAAAAUGUACUGGGGUUAUAUGAAUAUCAGUGAGAUAUGUAACCUGGAGUAUGUACAGUAGCAAGAUGGAUUACUCUAAUAUAAUCACAACUCAAGAAGGUCCCAAAGUUGACCUCUUAUAACUCAUCCUGUUUUGAUUGGCUCUUUGCUUGUUAGCUGCUGUACAUAGAAGCAGCAGGUGGAGGGUAGAAUAGCCCUGUUUCUGGGUGGACCCUGUUUCAGUUGAGGUGUCAGAAGUGUCCAUAGCCUACAGAUAACUGCCAAAAUAAAGGAACCACCAACAUUGUCUUAAUAGGGCAUUGGGUCAACAAGCUGCCAGAACAGCUUCAAUGCGCCUUGGCGUAAAUUCUAAGACUCUGGAACUCUUUCGGAGGGAUGUGUCACAAUUCUUCCACAGGACAUCUGUAAUCUGGUGUUUUCUUGAUGGUGGUUGAAAAGGCUGUCUCAGGCGCCGCUUCAGUGUUCAAUUGGGUUGAGAUGUGGUGACUGAGACACACAGUUUAAACCUCCUAUGCUCAUUUGAGACCCACCUUUCAAAUUCACUAAGAUCUCUUCUAACCAUGCUAGCCAAAAUAAUUGAGCAAAUGAGCAUUUUUGUACAUGACCCUAAGCAUGAUGGGAUGUUAAUUGCUUCUUAUUCAUUUAUUUUAUUUUACCUUUAUUCUAAAUUCUUAUUUUCAAUGAUGGUUUAGGAACGGUGGGUUAACUGCAUGUUCAGGGGCAGAACGACAGAUUUGUACCUUGUCAGCUGGGGGAUUUGAACUUUUGGUUACUAGUCCAACGCUCUAACCACUAGGCUACCCUGCCACCCCAAAUUAACUUGGGAACCACAUCUGGGUGGAAGCACCUGCAUUCAAUAUACUUUGUAUCCCUCAUUUACUCAAUUGUUUCCAUUUACUUUGGCAGUUACCUAGCUUAUAGGCUCUCCUGUAGUCAUGCAUACACACAACUGGUGAACAAGUCUACAUGUGGUAUCUCACUGUCGGGUAACGGUUGACGACCACAGAUGUAGGAGAUGUGGAGAAAGACAUUUCUUUCUUUAGUAUUUUUUUUUCCAAAUUAAUAUUGAUUUGCUAAUUGAAUUUCUUGAUUAGGCUUGCCAAUUGAAAUGAUAAAUCAUAAAGAACAAGUUAAUUCCAAUCAUCUUUUUAUGAUUUAUUUUUACUCUAUCGUAGAGUUAUUGAAAUGUCACCUAUGACUCUUUGGACUUUGGUGGUGGACCAAAACAUUAUUCACCACGUGUCAUCUCUAGUUUCUUUGCACUUCAGUUGUUACGGUUUGAUUUCUAAGAGAACAAAAUCAUAGCUAAGCACUUUUUGUCCAAUGCAUACACUUACAAUAUGUUGUUAUCUACAAAUGACAUAUGGUUGAAGUCUGAAAAUAUUAGAUUUUCUAUUGCGUACGUAUAACAGUCUGGUGAUAUGUUAGUGGCUGUGUGUCAAAUGUAUUUGUGUUAUGAGUUUAUUUAUUGCUGUGUGCUACUGGUGCCUCAAAGCUAGACAUCUCUCAUGUAGCCUACUACACCACACGUGUAAAGUUCAUUCUCAAAUUGUAUUGAUGGUUAUUAUGGAUAUAAUAUAGUUCAAGUUAAGUUCAUGCACUGGAUUUGCUUUUGGAUUUGUUUUUAGACAGAACCACGAUUGUAAAACAACAAUCUGUCUGCAUGUUGAUAUUUGGGAUAUAAAACCUAAUUACCCAUUGUCAUUUUUCACAAGUACUAGCAUGUUGUUUUAAUAAUCUGUGAAGCCACACAUCUUGGGCCUAGGCUAAUGCAUAUCUACUGGUGGAGAAUGGCUCUCAGGCACUAGUGCUAUUUACAGAGGGAGUCAAUCACUGGAUUGAAUAAUUAUACUAUCCCUAUUCGUGUCCUCAUUUAAUGCCCUCUGUACAGUAAAGAACAAUAUCUGUUAUCAUUGUUGGCGGUAAAAAUGUGAGUUCCAUGCAAUACUGAUUUACAUUAUCUGAAUGACUGCCCUAGGAUUUGAAAUAACUUGAUGAUGAUAUUAUUAGGUGUGUUUUGUUGCCUGGAUACCAGUCUGUUUUUCUGCUUAUGUCAACGUUUUGUCAUUGGCAACAGUGUUGUUAAUACAGGAACGGUCUUGUUCCCAGGCUCGUGCUUCUGUGUGGUGUUGUGUGAUGCUCACAGGUGGCUGUACUGUGUGUGUGUGUGUGUGUGACUCCGGGGGGGGGGGGGGUGGGUAGAGAUGUGUACAUAUCAUUCCAUAAUUACAGUUCCUCUUGUUGUCCUGCUGCUGAUGUACUCAUGUUUGCAUUUGAUUAAAUUGAUAUGAGGUGACUGAAAGACA